AUGUUAUAUGAAAUUCAUGAUGGCAAGGAAGUAAGGAAUUCGGCAACUUCAGCAGGCGAGGGAACAUAUCCGAUAGAAGAUACAGAAAGGUGGGAAGAUAAAACCACUGAUUACUGGUUUAGAACCCCAUCCCAUAUCCCGAUGUCUAAAAAUUGCCCAAGUUUCUCCCUUCAUGGGAUAUACCAGAUAAGAACAUCUAGCACUCCCUUUUACGUAAUGCACCAUGUGAGAGAACAUAUCAGUACCUCUAGUUAUCUGAGAAUUUCCAAGUUUGUACUUACCGCCCGCAAUAGGCAAAUAUGCUUCAUGCCAUUUCCAUCAUCUGAAUCUGCUGAUGCUGACUGCCUUGCUCUCUUACUUCCAACAUUUGUUUGUGUUCGUGAUGGCUUGGCCUUGGAUGUAGCAUGGUUGGAAGUUCCAGCAGCAGCCUUUGUCAAUGGAACAUCCAAAAAUGGCAUUUAUAGGAUACCAUUCGUCAGUUAG